GUGCCACAGCUACAUCUUGUCAUGUGUCACAGCUGCCUCUUGUCAUACAGUUCAAAUACCUCUUGUCAUGUGUCACAGCUGCCUCUUGUCAUACAGUUCAAUUACCUCUUGUCAUGUGUCACAGCUACCUCUUGGCAUGUGUCACAGCUGCCUUUAGUCAUACGGUACAAUUCCCUCUUGUCAUGUGUCAUAGUUGCUCCUUGUCAUGCCCUUCAGAUGUAUAGAUGACAGAUCGUCUUUGGCUGUCAUCCGUAACCCGGCAGAUGUGAUGAGGCUGGCCCAGGCGAACACCUACUACUACACCUAUCAUGUACCUGGCACAUCCUGGCCGACUCCAAUCAUUCCUGAUGCCACCUGUGACCCCGGCUCGGUAUGUGCGGAAGAACCAGGAGCCGAGUGCCUUGUUGUGGCCAAGACUACGAAUCCAGUGACCAGUGAUUUCCAGGUUGUGUAUAAAUACCAGAGCUGUGAGGACCCUUCCACCCAACACGUCUGUAUGUACCCUGGCGCCUGUCCUCCAACGUUCUUCUUAAUGACGGGAGGAUGUUUCAAGAUCGUGGAAAUCAGUGGAGGUGGUGGUGUUGAAGAAGCCUUAGCAGCGUGUGACAGUGUAAACAGUAGCUUGGCCUUCCCUGAGUACGAGCGUGUCUUGCAGAAGUUGGCUAGAAGACUUAGAGAAGAGGUUGGGGAAACUCAUUCCGCUGUACUAAGUGCUCAAGCAGAUGCCGUCAUGGCGCUCAACAACGUGAGAGGGGACUGGACACAGGGAGGUCUGUACAACCCAUUAGCUGAGGUAACGGAUAAAGCAACAGGCCCAGACCCGUACUACGCUCUCUCGGUGCCUGUGUCUCCUGAAAGCCCUUACUUCCUCACUUCCUUCCCCCUCACAAGAAACAAUUUCACCCACGUAGUUUGCCAACACCCAGGACCUAUCAGUUGUGAGGACCCUCCAGUCGCUGGUGACAACAUGUGGAUGGACUGGGACAACAGCACCAAGCCUGGAGCAUUCAUCGUUUACAGAUGUUACCCGGGCUACUUCGUAAACGGCAACAUAAGUUGGACUGAACAGGGCACGACAUGUCUUGGUCAGAUGGGAGGUUGGACGGCUGUAUCUAUACUCAACUGUACAGCGAUCGACGUGUGUAACGCCUCCUCACUACCAAGCUGGCCUGAGGUGGUGACCGAGGUGAGUGAGAACCACCAGACCCUCAACGGCAGUAUCAACUUCACCUGCCUGGAUAACAUGGCCACCAUCCAGAAUAUUUCUGUGCAGGUGAUCAACUGUAUCAACCAGACCGACCCAGCUGUACCUUACGCUUACCUUCCCCCACCUGAACCUUGCAACCGAUGCAUAGGUAUACCUGAGGUGACGAACGCUGACACGGACUGGACCGAGACAGCUACUUACCUCGUCAACACCACCGUCACCGCCACCUGCAACGUCAGUCACCUCUUUAACUUCACUACUGACCUCCUCACCCUCGCCUGCACCGCUCUGGGCUGGGAUACCUUGCCACCCUGCUACCCUGCCUGUGUGGCGGACCCCCCUGCAGUGGUCGGUAACUUAGAGAGAGACAACAUUACCGAUAACAGUGUUGGCGUUACCAUAGGCUACAGGUGUCUUCCACUCAUGUUCUUCCCUCCAACGCCAGACCAGCCCACACCAGUGAGCGAGGCCACCGUCACCUGCCAGAGUAACCUGACCUGGGCCUCCAGCGUCACAAACCUUACCUGUGGUAAACUGUGCCUGAAGCCGCCGCCGCCAGCACCCGAGGGCGCCAUUAGUGACUGGAACAACAUCACCAGUAACGUUGGCACUGAGGUGAACUUAACAUGUACGGAUGGGAUGAAGUUUAGCGACCGAAGUGUGGCCAUUACUGUUACCUGUGAAGACGAUGGUAACUGGACGACAAUUGACCCUACCCUUCUAAUCUGUCGUAGAGAAGCAAUACCUCCCCCGUCACUACUUCCGGGUAUGACUUUCACUGUAUCCUGGGCGGGCACUACGGGAGGCUCAAAUGGCUCCACAAACACCACGGGCUCCACCAGCCUGACAGGGCCUUUCUGGGAAGGGAUGGAGUUGACUUACCACUGCCCUAACAACACCAUGUCUCCAGACGGCGAGACUCAAGUGACCCUCACCUACAACGGCACCACCUGGUCAUCCUUGGACCUCGUCUGUCUCAGUGUGUGUUCCUCAGCGCCUCCAGUAGCAACGGGGUUCCUGUCCAACAACUACACAGGGUUGGGGGUGGAGGGCCUGGUGGUCGGGUACUGGUGUAGGGAGUUCAGCGCCUUCCCUGACAACAUCACCAACAUUGUCACCGAGUGUGUAGGAGGCAGCUGGACCCUCACUAACAUAACUGACUGCAUCCAACGUAAGUCUCGAAGGGAUUACAUGAACAUUGCCCCCCCCCCUCCCCUUCCUCCUAAAUUUAUUUCAUCGGAUGAUUAAACACCUAAACCUUACGU